UAUAGGAGCGAAAGAUAGACGCUGGGCAUGAUGUAAGUAAUCCCAUGCCGUAGCAGGCCAGGGCCUUCCUCCAUUUGACCACCAUGCAGACUAUUAAUCGCUUUCUCUACGGGCCUACACCGGAAGAAAAGGUUCGAGCAUGGCAAGCGAAACUGGGGCAAGAGAGUCGCAAGUUAGAUAGGGACAUGAGGCAGUUAGAGGUGGAGACAGGAAAAGCAAGGAACACCGUCAAACAGUUGGCAAAGAAGGGGGAUGUCAAAUCUGCACGUAUAUUGGCUCGUGAAGUUGUUAGAUCACAGCGGCAGAAAGACCGUUUGUCAGUGAGCAAGGCAAGAUUGGGGUCAAUUGGAAUACAGUUAAAGCAACAGCUCGCGAUGGCAAAAGUAACCGGCUCACUCCAGAAAUCCACUGAGAUCAUGAGGUUGUCGAAUUCGCUAGUCAAAUUGCCCCAAGUGAGCCAAUCGAUGCGAGAAAUGAGCAUGGAAAUGACCAAGGCGGGCAUUCUCGAAGAGAUGAUGGAGGAUACCUUGGCAAUGGACGAUGAUGAGGACCUAGAAGAGGAAGCUGACGAGGAAGUUGACAAGGUUUUGUUCCAGCUAACUGACGGAAAGCUGGGUCAGGCAGGCUCCGUGAGCACCGAGCUCCCACCCGUGGAACAGUCACCGGAAGACGAAGAAAUCGAGCGAAAUUUGGAAAAGUACCGACAAGAAUUGAAUGGUAUACUGAGCGGAUAAUCAGCAUCUGUAACCUGUAUGAUAUAUUUUGUUAUUCUUGUAUAAAUUUGUCCGUACAUACAUACUGUAUAUGUAAGUCGCCAAAGCUUGGCUGUCUAGUGCGUCA